UUAAUUUUUGCCUGCGUUUUUCACGCAUACGGCUGCCAAUCCGCCUAAAAUUUAGCACACGCUGCCCUGUCGCAUCGCCGUCGACGUAGCGCCAGCGCUUUUGCAGCGAACGCGUCAGUGAAGGUACACAGAGCAUUUGCCCAUUUGCAGCACUGCCAGCAAAAUGACUACGCGACGCAUUGCCGACCUCGCGGCAGCAACGCAUGUGACCGUGAGCGCCAGAGAUGAGAACAACGGCGAGGAAAUAACUAUACAGCUCCCCAUCGUGCGCGGCUCGGCCGGCGCGCCGGCCGUCGACAUCUCUAGCUUGCCGGCGGCGACGGGUCUGUACACGCUCGACCCGGGCUUCGUCGCCACGGGCAGCUGCCGGAGCGCGAUCACCUUUAUUGAUGGGCCGGCGGGCGUUCUCCUGCACCGCGGCUACGGCAUCGACGAUCUAGCUGCGCGGUCGAGCUAUCUCGAGGUCGUCUACCUCUUACUCAACAACCGGCUCCCGGCGUCGCAGCGGCGCCUCGACCUGUUUACCGAGGAAGUGAUACGGCGCAUGUCCGUCGACCGGCGUUUGGAAUCAUUCAUGAGCGGAUUUCCCGACGACGCGCACCCCAUGGCCGUCAUGGUCGGCACCGUCGGCGCGUUGAGUGCGUUCUACCACGACUGUCGCGGCGUCAAGGCGAUGAACGAGAGCGAGCGCGCGCUGGCCGCCGUGAGGGUGGUUGCUAAAUUACCGACGAUCGCGGCGAUGGCCUAUAGGCACUCCGUGGGCCUGCCGUACGUCGCGCCGCGGCGCGGCAAGUCCUUCGCGGCGAACUUGCUGAACAUGUGCUUCGCGUCGCCGCUGGAUGGGGGCGAGUUCGUGGCGCCCCCUGCUGCCUUCGAGAAAGCUUUGGACGUCUUCCUGCUGCUGCACGCGGACCACGAGCAAAAUGCCUCAACCGCAACAGUGCGCAUGGCGGCGUCUUCCGAGGCGAACCCCUUCGCCUGCGUGGCCGCGGGCAUCGCGAGUCUGUGGGGCCCGAUGCACGGCGGCGCGAACGAGGCCUGCAUCCGCAUGCUCCGCGAGAUCGGGAGCAAGGAGCGGAUUCCCGAGUUCCUGGCGCGGGCCAAGGACAAGAACGACCCGUUCAAGCUCAUGGGCUUCGGGCACCGCGCGUCGCAGCGUCGAUGGCGUCCGUCAAGCUCCACGCCAUCGAUGCGAUGGCUUCACGAAAGUUCCGUUCACGCAGGCGUCUACAGAAACAUCGACCCGCGCGCCAAGGAAAUGAAGAAGCUUGCCUUGGAUUGCAUCGCCGAGUUCGAGCGGCGCAACUGCCAGGACCGCGACGCGUAUGUGACUGCGUCGGCGCCUGUGACAGCGAUGGGGGCGAACGCCGCGGGCUCGCCCAAACAGCUGCGCGAGCUCUUUCACUUGGCCGUCGAGCUCGAGAGGGCGGCGCUCGCGGAUGAUUAUUUCGUGUCGCGGAAGUUGUUUCCCAACGUGGGCCGCGGCGCGAAUUCAAAACGUCUGCUCGAUGGCGUGGCGGGGCGUGACAGUACACACGCGCACGCAGGUCGACUACUACUCGGGCCUCGCCCUGACAGCCAUGGGCAUUCCGCUCACGCUGUUCACGUGCCUCUUCGCGGUCGGCCGGUCGGCGGGCUGGGUAGCGCAGUGGCUCGAGGCCUUAGCAGAGCCGAAGCGCCGCAUCUCGCGGCCGCGCCAGGUCUACGUGGGCGAGACGCGGCGGCCGUACCCCGACGUCCGCGCGCGCGAGCUCAACGGCCGCCCGAACCUCAAGCGGAGCUUCACGGACUCGACGCAGGACGAGCAGGACUUCGGCUAUUUCUUCUAGCCAGCUGCCUUCUGUAUCCCUCCCCCAUUUCUUUC